UAUACGAUCCAGCCCUGGUUUGUUUGUUAGUCUGGUACAAAAAACGGCAAUUUUGCCGGAUAUAGGAAAGCGUUCGGCUUUCUAUCGGUUAACCACCGUAGACCGAUAUCUUCCAGUCUUGAAGGAGCCGGAGAGAGACAUAAGAGGCUUCUGUAGCGUCUUAAACCCUUAUCAUUAUCCCAUAAUGCUCCAAACGAAGACCAGUUUCGCUCUUGGGAGGCCAAUAAGAGCUCCAGAUCUCCCCUGGUCAACCCCAGUCCGAAGAACCAAACUAACAAACAAACCAGUAUUGAAUUGUACGCCGUACGACAAGACAGGGCCUCCUCUGACAUAUGUCCCCCUUGUCCCUAUGUCGCCUUACCUACCUACCAUCGUACCAAGCCUAGAGGUACCUAACCCCCGUUCGAUAACACCUAUCCAUCCCCUGGCUCCCCCCUCGCUGGCUCGCCAUCUUCAUGAUCACUUACAUAUGGCAUACCAUCAUGGGUGGAAUGCUACCCCCCUAACCAGGCUUCUUGAGGGAAGAAGAGAAAAGAAAGGAAAUAGCACGGGUACUAAGAUCGUUCGAUGGUCGAUGAGAUGCAUGUCAGGUUGUUGGUGCCGAAGGGCAGCCAACUACCGGUUGAGGGGUCCUUGUCCUGGAGAAAAGCCGUUAGAGAAGGGACAUGGGAGAGAUAGACAUGGGAGAGAUAGACAUGGGAUCAAUGAACAGGCGGUGCUCACAUAUGUCCUUGCUUAAGGUUGGUAGGGAGAUACCACUGUUGAAAUGAGUGUUGGGGAGUGUCUGUUAGGGCAACCAUUCAAGCGUGAUGGCCAUUUGAUGAACAUAACGAUGAACAUAAUGAUAGUAAUCAAGGUUAUGGGAAGAAGAAAUCAGGAAAAUUCACCAGAUAGACUUACCGGACGCCUUUCCGCUUAGUCGAUUUUUUCUUCUCUUCGCAUUGGUUUUCGAUCUC